CCGUCGCCGUCGCCGUCGUUGUCGUUGUCGUUGUCGUUGUCGUGUCCUCGCUAUCGUCGUCGUUGUCGCCGAGUGCGUGGUCGUCGUCGUCACCGUCAGGCCCUCUUCUCGUCGUGCAUGCAGUGCACACGGCACCACCACGUCUACUAAUAAAAUAUAUAGUAUACCCUGCUUUUUCUCUCCCACUCUCUGCUGUUUUUUCUCCCUUGGGUUCUCCCUGUGUUCGUCUCUCCUCUAGUCCCGCUCGAUGGUAGCUGUCCCGUCCCAGCCGCCUGCCCGCCCUCCGGCCUUGAAUGAAGCAACAAAGCGCUCGACAACAACAUGGCAGGAGGACCUUCAGUCGCUCUUCCAUCGUGCAAAGGACCGCUUCCCCGAUGUCGUCUGGGAUCUUCUCGACGAAGAUGCCAUGGACGACGGCACCAACACCAACACCGAGGAGGUCUGGGGGCACAAAGCUAUUGUCUAUGCUCGAGCACCGCCGACCUUUCAGGCCCGAUAUUUCUCCUUCCGCCCUGCGCCUGUCGCCUCCCCGAUCCCUUAUGCUGCCUCGCCGACACCGUCCUUGCCAAUGCCAACAACGUCAGCACUCUCCCUUAACCUCGGCGUUGAGUUCCCGUACCCGGCCUCCAUGCGGUCUGUGUCGCCUUCCCAUUUCCGGCCUAUCUCCCCAGCGUCAUCCAUGGUCGGCGCACUCACGCGCAUAUCACUCAGCCAUAAUCCUGCCCUGUUCUCUAAUGAGCUUGAAUAUCUGUAUACCGGGAAGGGCUUCGGCGACGCGUUUGAGUUCCUGUUCGAUGCGAAUGAGAAAGGUCCGGAAGGCGAUACCGAUGUGGAGGAGGCGCGCAUCGAUAAGCUUCGGAAAGACCUCGUCUUCAUGUGGAGGUCUCGUCUCUACUCGGACGUGAGAAUUGAGCUGCACAACGACAUGCCUGUCAUUGACAACUCUGCAACCGAGAAUGAAGAAGAAACGAGACCCGUCUUUUCCUCUCAUCGAUUCGUCCUCGUAACUCGUUCUCCUUAUUUCUACGACCAGUUGAUUACUUAUGGCGUUAAGAAUGCCCCUCCGCCCGGCGAGCUUACAACUCUUCGUCUCCCUUCUCCUCCCUUCACUGCUCCUGCUCUUCACUUUACUCUAGGAUAUCUAUAUACUGGUACACUCCACUUCAGCAAUCGCUCAUAUGACUUGGACACUGCCUUUGCGAUACUUUCUUCUGCAAAUUACCUUCAGCUGCAGCCGCUGUAUGACGAGGUGCAGGCUCGCCUCGUGCAGGAGAUGCUCCACGGGCUCUUCCAUGCCUUUCUCGAGUUUGCAGAGUACGAACGUAUAACUGGAGGUCGAUGGGGCACGGGUGGGUGUCGGUGUCGCCAAUGUGCACGUCGGGCCCCACGUACUCUCCUCUUUGCUGUUCGUCCGGACGUCCAGAAUACAUACCUUGAGCGAGGUGCUCGACGUGCGUUGGUAGGCCUCUUUGGUGAGGGCUGGUGUAAUGGCGACUUUGCUGGGCUCCCACAGAAAACAAAAGAUGGACUCAUGACUGGCUUGAAAAAACGUGUAGUCCCGCAGAACGUUUUUCCUCUGCUCUUCGCAGCGCACACAGCGCUGGCGAAGCUCAUCUCGUUACGUGACGCGUGGGUAGAUGGCGUGCGAGAGAUGAUCACGACAGCUCGAGGCUUCGUGGAUACCGUGCUUUGUAAUGAGGCGGAGAAGUGCUUUAAUGAGCGAGAAUGGGUUGACAUUAUGGAAAAUGAUGGAAUGGGUCGCUUUGAGGAUGGUGAACGCGUUGAAUGGGUUAUGGAAGCCGUUCGAAGAGGGAUGUCUGAGUCGAAUGCUGGAAUGCUUUACCAGACGCUGGUUUCUGCAAUUCUUAUCCGUCCAAACCCUAACGAACCGACCGAAAGCCUUUUGUCAGGCACCUCUCAGAUCCGUGUGCAAGUUGAACAGACUCGCAUGGACCUCCUCCGAUGGAUGCGGCGGCGCUGGGCCGGUAUCCGGAAUGAAGGUGGCUUCGAUUCGUUGGAAAGCUGGGCGAUCAAGGAGAUAAGUGAUGAGAUCAACAUACCGGUUGAGGACCUUCUAACGCCGACCGCGAAUGGGGCCGCAACUUUACGGGCUCCGCUCACACGAACGGGGCUUCGGCCUACGCUGAGCAGAGUGGAAGAUACGUCGGAACGCGAGAGUGUCGCUACGGCGCACUCGCUACGGGCGAGUGUGCUGAAUAAGAACCAUGGACGGGGCAAUGGGCCUGUUGUCGCAUCUUCGGGGGCAUCUGUGAGAAGUGUAGCUCGGAGCGUAGCUUCGACAACGAGCCGUGCGUCGUCGCGUUUGACAACUGCGACAGAACGUGAGCGGAAAGAGAGUAGGCCGGAUUCAAAAUUGGCACCGUCGUCAUCGCGAAGUACGAGCUUCAGCACAAACGCUGGUGCGCCUAUUCAGAGAGCGUCGAGUUCGCUUUCGUAUACGUCUGGGAUGGACGUGGAUGGAGAAGGUGACGGGGCGCCGUCGUCGAGUGUAAGAGUGAAGAGCCCAGCACCCGCGCGUUCGGGGGCGUCGUCUUCGACAUCGAUUCGACGACCUAUUGUAGCAGCUCGCUCUUCCCCUCGUAUUGGCGGGAAAGACACGACCGACUCUGCCAGUGCCCUGAGUAUAAAUCAGCUGAACGUCGUUUCUGUGCAGAGACCAAAAUCAUCUGCUGCCUCCGUAACGUCUACUCGCUCACACGCAUCCACAAUUCGAAGAAAUGCUGCCGCUACAGGACAGAACAACACUCUCCGACCGUCUCCUCAGCCCGCCCGACCGACGUCGUCACUCUCAAAUGUAUCGGUUUCAAGUAGCAGAAGUGCAACCUCGACGCGCGAAACUAAGUUCAGGACGCCUGUCGACUCGGCAUCGGUUCGAUCGAGGAAGAUCUCAACGACAUCGACUGCGUCGGUUCGGAGUACAGCUGCAUCCACUAAGUCACCGAAAACGCCUGCGCCUACGCUGCCGAAAGGACGGCCGCGGCGCGCGUCUGAAACGACUGCAUCUUCGGCAACUGUGUCAUCACGCAUGCGAAAGGUGUCGCCAAAUACAACUUCAUCAACCGCCGGAGCAACAACGAGGUCCCCGGCAAACAAAACCCCGACUCUCCGGAAGUCGCCCUCAGCGAGUUCAAUAAAAUCAACUGCAUCUGCUGCGACAGCCGGGAAGAAAACGAGUACAAUGAAGAAAUCUUCUGGGACGACAGAUGAGAAGAAGACGGUGACCGCGAGACAACGUCCCGGGUCGAAUAAGCCGUUACCGAAGAUGCCGUCGAAGGAGAAUAUCGAUCCUGAAGAUCCGCCGAACACAGCUAGCACGCUAACGAUCCGAGAAAAAGGGAAGGGAAGGGCGGAUGCUAUUAUUGCUGCGGAUAGGAAGUCAUUACGGUUGAGUGAUAACGGUUCCAGUACGACUCGCGCGACGUUAAGGCGCAAGGAGUCCAAUGAUACGAUUACAUUGAAUCAAGCGCCAGCAGGAGGUGCGACUGUAAAGGCAGAGUCAACAACAGGGGAGACAGUUAUGCCACAACCCCGUGGAGCGACACUGGAUAUCGGCAUCCCGUGUAUUAUCACGUCAAAGCGGAAACGUUUCCGAGCGUUUGCGCGUUACAUUGGUGAGGUGGAGGGCGAGCGUGGGCCGUGGGUGGGCGUAGAGGUACCCGUUGGUGAGUCCUGGGUGGACGACCAGAAUGAUGGACGUCAAUGGAACGAUGGGUCGUGGGGCGGUGUGCGUUACUUUGAUGUCGGCUCACAAGCUUCGGAAUGGGGUGAUGACGAGCGGUUAAGCCGAAGACGGCGCAUGGGGGACCUGACGAAUGGAGGGUAUGGAAGUACGAUAAGUGCGUGGAAGGGCACGAAGCGCGAGGGUGAGCAGUUAAGCGUGGAUCGUAAGAAACGAUUCCGGAGUGCAUCACCAUCGGUUUCUGAAGUCUCAAAUGCGGAGUACAGAGGAUUGUUCGUGAGACCGCAGCAGGUGCUGUAUGUUGUUGAUGCUGUCGGUUCGGACCUGUGAAGUGAACCCCGCGCGGAACAGUUUUCAAAUUUCAUAUGUUUUGUGUUCUUUGGAUCUCCCCCCCUUUUUUCUUAGUCCACUUUCUUAUUCCAAAUGUCAUUGUCUACUUCUGUUUUACUCGUUUAUCAUACUCACAUGAAUAGUCGCUCCUUGUGCAUGGGCAGAUGCACGCGCAGACGCAAACGCACAUUGCCCAUACAUUAUUAUCAUCGCUUUGAAAUUGGAAUUAAAAUCACUCGCUCCUUGAUUUUUCAUAUUCCCCCCCCCCCCCUCAUCUACUCGAAUGACCGGAUCUCGUUUCUUUGCUUCUGGCUUUGACCCAUGGAUCGCAGCCUUCAUCAUCCUGCAGAACUCUCAGUGUUUACCCUUCUUACUCUGUC